UUUGUCACCCACCCUCGCGAGCCCGUCUCCCCCUCCUCCCUGAGCAUGUGGGUACGGAUGGAUGGCGCACAGGCCCGUCUGAGAGGACAAUAAAGCGCAAAGACGCUGUUGAAAUGGAGGAUGAAGAUGGUACUUGUUUAUUUGAUGUUUUGUGUGACCCUCAAGCUCUGAAUGAUUUUCUUCAUGGGACAAAUGAGCUGCCAAGUGGAGACUUACUCAUUAAUUCAUCCUCUGGAGAGCCGUCACUCUUCACAGACACUACAAGCCCUGCAUCUCUGUUAGCAGAUGAUGAUUGUUCUCAGGACACUCCUGUCUCUGGCUGUGUGGAUCUCUCCUUUCUGGAGGAGGCACUGCUGGCAUCACCGGGAUCCUCACUUGGAAGUGGAGGUCCAGAGGUGCAAGAAGAUCCCAAUGUCCAACUAGUGGAACAACAGAAAGAGUCAGAAGAGAUCUGUGACUUUCUCCAGCAGAGUCUCCAGGAGGCUAACAUCACUGAGGACACUCUCGCAUUAGAGGCAGGACUUGCCCAGACAGUAGAAACUCUCCAGUUUGGUUUGUCUGGCACAUCCCUUCCUUUGCCUUCAACACCAUAUUUCCCCAAACAAUUGACCCUUCCUGGCUUCAGCUCUUUACCAAAGGACACCCAAACAGCAGUGGAGCCUCCUCAGCCAUCUUUGUUAGCUGUUGGCCCAGGCUGCCCCUCACUCAAACCUCCAGGAACGCAGCUGAUAAGUCUACUUCCUGGGAAUGUCUUCCCCACACCUCCACUCGAGGCAUCCUUUUCUAUUAAUUCAACACAAAGCACCAGCAUGAUUAUCCAAAAGACCCUACCAACCCGCCAGAUGUUGGCCUCCACCGUUAGAACAAUUAGUCCAUCAGGGUUCAUGUUACAAAAAACCCUUCUACCCAUUCAACCUAAGUUACCAGUGAGCAUCCAGCCCAGGCUCGUGCAGAUCAGUCCCAGGCCAUCAGGACAGAAACCAUUGCAAGGAUUUGCCUUCAUCUCAACAAACACGUCACAGAGUGUCUUGUUAUCCCCUUCUGUUGGCUCAAAGCAGUCCUUACAAGCACAGUCCGCACCAAGUGUCAGCAAACCUGUUAGCUUCAAUCUGGUUGGUCAGGGAGGCCCCAUUGUCAUUCAACCCCAGGAUCCUUUUCAGGGCCAGAGACAGUUCUUUCUGCCGAGCCAAACACCUGCAACUUUUUCCCAGUCUACCAGCAUCCCAAGGUGUAUUCUUAGUACACCAAGUAAUCAAGUGUCUAACAAACCCAGUGUUGACAGUUCUCAUAUAGUGACUGUACGGCCAAGGCAAAUCAACUUCAGCCCUAUUUUCACCUCCCCAACUGGACAGCUCACCCUAAAACAAGGGGCUCUUCUGUCAGGGUCCUUACCAAUUCAUACAACACCUCCUACAGUCUUCCAGAUGCCAACACAGCUAGCAGGGACCUAUGCAUCUCAAGUGCAGGGGCAGCAUGCGGUAGUUCAAAACACUGUUGGGAACCAGACCACAUUGAUUAAUAAUGCCAAUAUGCUUAUUCCUGAUAUGACCACCAUACCAAUAGAAAGUGGUCAGUCUAUGAUACAAAGUCUGCCUUUGGUGCCUCAAGCCCAAAGUGCUCAAAUAAGUGGACCUGAGGGAAAGGCGUGUCUUACCCAGAAUUCAGUGCUUCUCUUGCCCGAGAGAACAACAGAGGAUCAACAGGAGAAAGUCAACAAACCGUUUCAAGAGAGCGAAUUGCUUCUUCCAGCUUCAGUGGAAGCACCUGUUGCAGAGACUCACUCUCUGCCUUCUCCAGUAUCAACUCUACCACAGUCAUCACCAGAUAUCAGUUGUACCCCUAAGACAGUGUUGUCAUUAUCGCCCCAGCUGAUUACCCAGACAGGAGAGCAUAACCCAUUAAAUCAUAAUCAGGCUUUAGUGCAUCCUCCCCAACAGUAUCAACAAAAACCAUCAGCCAGCCAAGAUCAACCAGCUGCAACUCUGCUUGUGCAAGUGAACAACCAUAUCUCUGCUUCUGUAGGUGUAGCUGAGGACUCGCUCACAUCCUUGACUGCAUCUGAGACUUUCUCUUCUUUGUGUGAGAGUGAAGAGAUUCUUAUGCCAACAUGCCAUGGUUCAGAGCACACAGAUAUUCUAUUGCAGUCUCCUAUUGGCCAGUGCUCUGUAAAGACCACAGACACAGACUCCAUGAAGGGCUCAACAACUCCAGUCUCAGAUGAGCAGGAUCCCUCCGUGUUAAUUGCUCUUGGUGCUGACCCCAAGUUUCAUGAGGGGCCAGUAAUGAGUAAGAGCCCUUCCUCUUCCUUAGAGAAGUUGUUUAUGUAUCUGGAGCAAUUGGGCCAAAGUCAUGUGUUAACUGAGCUUAGCAGAACCUCAGAGUCAACCGACCAUGAGUACAAGCAGCCAUACAGUGAACAUGACACAGAGCCCACAGUCCCAAGGAACAAUGGGCUAAUCUCUUUUAAUCAGCGUGAGUUACAGGAGAAGGUACAUCUCGGGCCCAGGCUGCUUGCUCAGGACAAGGAGACCUAUUCAACACUUCAGAAGAACCAGACCCUAACUGCAAGUGUGGAUCCAAAAGAGGAGAAGCUGAGACUAACAAAGAGGCAACACAGGUUCAAACAGCAGCUGUUUUUGGACCACAGUGCUGUUCUCAACCCAAACACUUCAGCUCCAUUUGUUUCAGUGGAGGAUGCUUUGAGACAUUUGUUGCCGUACCAUACUUGUGCUAGAGCACUACCCAACCAGGCUGACUUUAUUUCAGUGGACAAGCAGUUUGAGUGUGUUUCAGUCGUUCUCUUUCUCUGGAAUAUAAGAGGUUAUUGCUUUCUUCAGCAGGAGAGCCCAUCAGCAGAGAUGGUGAUGCUAGAGCGUUUGUUUCUCCAGUCAGAGAGAGUCUCACUGGUGGAGGACAGACGCAAAACCAGAAGAGAACCAGAGUCCUUCCUCAUGUCCCGGGCCAAGAACUCAUCUCAGCACAGCCAAGUGUCGUCAGUCCAAACUGGCCUCGCUGGUUGUCCUCCAUCUCCACCAUCAUGGACCUUGCAAUCGGACAGACCUCCUGGCCUCAAGACAUAUCGCUCCAGCAGCAAAGGAGCAAUACGCCUCACUAUCAAACAAGAGUCAGGAUCCCGCAAAGUAAUCCACAACUCAUGUGAUGCCUCACAUGUGAUCUCUGGGUUUAAACGAAACUACAGCGGGCAGUUAACUAAAGGAGGAGCCAUGCAGGGGAAAGAUGAAUCUCUUAAGCCUCCUUUGUCAAAUGUUGCAGAGGACAAAAAUGAUCAGAGGCCAGAUCAGCAGAACAAGAUGAAAUUGCACCUUGACAUGGAGACAAUAAGGACAGGCAGUGAUUCGCAGAACCUCUCUGAUUCUGUGGCCACUCAAGACUAUGUAGCUCCAAGGGUGCAAGGCUUGCUUCCAGAGCAGUGUACUCCAGUGCUUAAAAGGAACAAGCUGGCUGCUUCGGUAGCAGAGUCUCCCAGUUUGCCUGCUUUAGUGGAAGACAGGGAACUGAGUGAACACCUGCAAAGUGCUUUAGACAGCAUCCUGGAGCUACAAAGGUUGCAGGGAUCUGUAGCAGGGGUUAAACCCAAGAUUCAACAGCCUCGAGCACUGGAUCAGGCCGUCGUCAGCAUGCUAGAAGGAGAACUAUAAGAUGGAAGGAAAAGCCUGAAGAUUCAGAAUAUAUGGCUUUCACAUCCUGCAAUACAGCAGUGACUCAUUUUUAUUCAUUCAUUUUCUUGAGGAAGAAAGUUCUAAUUAUUUAUUGUGUAAAUCAAGUAAAUAGAAUUUGGAAACUUUCUUAAAUCUUUGGAACCUUUUUGUUGAGAUACAUUAUACUAAUUUAUAGUCUUGUCAGUUUAAGACAACUUUAAAAACACAAGUGCAGUUUGGCUAUAUGUAUAUGCCAUUUUUUAUUGUGAAUGUGUCUAUAACAAGGUUAUUUCUCUUUUGAUGGGGACUUUGGUUUGCUUGACGUUGUUUGGUUGUUUUUAAUAGCUCUUUACCAAACUCUGUGUCUCAUGAGGAAGCAAACCAGAGUACAUUUGGAAACGGCAGCUUAGGUACAGUUCACGUGGAAGUAAACUGGCCUAAAAGCCUUAACCUGUGAAAACUGCCUUAUACAGCAAUUGUGAGAAUGUACCAAGGCAAAAUUGCUUGGUCAUAACUCGUUAAGAAAACACAAGCCAAAUGAACCAAGCCAACGUCAAGCAGACUUGUGUCUGCAGUAUAAUCUCUAGUGUGAAAGCAGCCCAUGUGUUGUAGGCAAAGAUAGUUCAGAGAAUGAUGUCAGUUCCCGCUUGUUUACCCCCAAAGAAAAUAUACCUUAUUUCAUCCUAAAGUCACCAGCAAAACCACCAGUGAGAUUUCAUAAAUGUGUUAUCCUGACAGAGACUGAACAGAUGUAAACGUAACAGAAUCUCUAUUGAUUAUCUGGCAGAUGUGAAGUAUGCCUUAUUCUGUAAUGAACUGUACUAUUUCAGUUGUAGUUCAAGACAAGAUACAUAACUGCAAAAGCAAUAAGAAACAGAUGGUUGAUAAAAUAUGGUUGUGCCUCAAUCAAAAUACAACAUUCUUUUGCAUUUCCAUUGCACCUGCUUGAAAAGUCACUCCUGAUGUUCAACAUACGUAAAGAGUUAGUUCACCCAAAAGCAUGAAAAUUAGGCUGUUUUAUACUC